AUGGAACUCGGUUUCAUGAAGAACGAGACGGGUGGAGAGGAAAUCAGUGAGACGUGUGCCAUUCGUCCCAAGAUGUAUGCGUUCAGGAUGAGCAAUGGAGAGGAAAUAAAGGAAGCGAAAGGAGUUCGCGGAUACGUCGUAAAGGACGGACUUAAUUUCAACGACUACCUUAAUUGCAUGAAAGAUCGCGAUAGGAAACACAUGGUCGAAAUGAAUGGAAUCCGGAGUUACCGGCAGGAAAUAUAUUCCGAAACCAUCAACAAGGUUGGAUUAUCCGGCAACGAUGAUAAACGCGUUAUUUACGAGGAUAAAAUUAAUACCUUGGCAUAA